CGCUCACCCGUGUGUGUAUUUGUGUGUGACUUUAAGCUUAGCUGCUAUAGAAAAACAGCCGUGAGAACAAACUGUUCCGGUUUUAAGGCACCUUGCAAUGCGGGCACUUAUGUUUUGUAUUUACACACACACUUACAUGUACUAGUACGACCAAAUACUGGACAUAGAGAACUAGUAUACUAAGUCACAGUAGAGAAGAAUAUAGGGUGACCAGUCAAAUAGAAGAGAGGUCAUUAAUACUUCCUCAAGCUGCGGUCAGAUCUUCGAAUGGACCCUGAAUGGCGAUGACGGUAAUCGCACUUGCGGAUGAAAUAACCCACUCUGAUUUGACAGUACUGUUUUAGUAAGGGAAGUGAGUGCGGAUGAAAUAAACCACUUUGAUUUGAUAGUUCGGUUUUAGUAAGAUUUUAAACCAAAGACAUAACGUUACUGGUCAUAACAGUAGCCUACUGGCCAGUACUAAACAGACACUGGUAUGUCCACCCAACCGCCAAACGAAAGACACCCGGAUGCAGAUGAAGACGACACUGGCGAUGACGCCGUCCCAGGACCGUCCAACUCCGACCCGGAGGCGAGUUCGAGUACUGAUAACAAAGGUAAAGGAAAAGGUAAAGGGACGAAAAAGCCAUACGAUGGAACGACCACUCUAGAGAACUUUGAGCCCUCAACUUACACCGAUAAACACAGCAAAUUCAAAGUAAAUGAUUACGGCACAGAUUUUGAAAUAAGACAGUACGAUCCGAACGAAAGACCGGAGAAAUAUAAGCGACCCCAGCCCCAACCCCAGGACACAGCGGAAGAUGUAGCGGAGGAUGGGGCGGGAGUGACGUCAGGGUCAACGGAACCGGAAGCGACCUCCAGUGACGUCAGACCUGUGGCGGUGGCAGUGCCCCGGCCUAAGCCAGCUGUGCAAGAGCGAAUUAUUCAUAAGAAAACGAAGGACAGUAUAUCUAAAAGUAUAAGGAAAUUUAGGUAUCCGAAAGUCGUUGACGAGUGCCCGUUCUGAGCUGAUCCAAAGUAAAACAGUGGGAGUGGAUUCAGGGGAUACACUGCUGAAACGUAAUUCUUUAGC